AUGGACGAAGCUAUCCAAGGUCCAGCAAUUAAUAUCUUGACGCAUGAGAACCCGACAUUAAAUAAAGAUGGCCAAGAGCCUGGCUCAGUCACAAAAGACGAAGAUUUCAAACAGCUCGAAAAAGGAAGUCUCGAGAUUUGGUAUGACUUUAGCUAUGAAAACAUCAUGGGCGCGUUUGGCGAUAUUCUUGAGGGGAAAGACACAUUUUGCGUGGUGACUGGCGAUCGAACUGGCUCGUGUGCUAGAAUUGUGGGCGAAGAAGCUGUGGAUGAUUUAACAUCGUGGUGGAACGCCCAGGUCUGCCGCAAACCGCUGAAGAAGGGUUCUGAAACUAUCCAUAAACAGCUUGGAUUGCCCCCUUCUAAUAUCACAUUUCAACUGAACAAGGGAGAGGUUAUUCUUAAAGACGCCGAGAGAACCAUGCGGCCCGACUGGGUAAUCUUUCUCCGUGAUGAUGAUGGUACCACCCCCAUUGUACAUGGCGAAAACAAAUUGAGCAGUAAGUGGAACAGCGAUGUUUCCAAAAUACCCGCUGCGUGGAGAGGAAACUGGAUAUGGCCCUUUCGACAGGUUCUCUCUUACUGCGUUGUUAGCAGCACUCGAUACGGCUGUAUCAUGACGCCCGAUGAGCUAGUUGUUACAAGAUGUUAUCUUAAUGGAAGCUCUGGUCGCGACCAAUGGAACGUGCAAUACCUGUCUAUCCCAUGGGAGAAUUCUGGUCGGGGUAACUUGACGGUUAAUCUUGGUAUCUGGGCACUUGGGCUGAUGGCUCUUAAUAGCGGCCAUAGACCUAUUGCCUCCAAAGCCAACACACUACCACUGAACGUAUGGUGGACAACGCGCACUCCAAAAGGGAAGGAGGCCUAUGAGCAUCAUCUGUCGUCUUACAUUUCCGAAAACAGACCUAUAAAUGCUGAUAUUCGGUCGCCACCCGAUUCCAUCCCUGGGGUUGAGGAAAUAUCCUCAAGCUCUCGCCGAUCAAAACGAACUCGAAGGGUAUCCUCAAGCCCUCGUCGAUCAAAACGAACUCGAGGGGACUAG